ACUCCGUUUGAAAUUUGAGGAGACCAUAGAGCAUUCCCCCACAAAAGAAGGUCAAAAGAAAAUUUAAUUGAUGUCCUUUUUUGUGCAGGGAGUGCAGCCACUCCUUGAAAUUUCUUCAGCUUUCAACGUGCACAGCAAACUUGGGAUUGAACGAUCGCAGUCCAUAAUUUUGUUCCAUGGCGUGAUUUGGUUGGAUGCGUUCUGACUCAAAUACAAAAUGCAAUCAUAACGUGUCAUAAUCUCGAACCGUAGGUCAACUUAUUGCUUUUUAGUUUUGCUUCCACUGCCAAUCCGCUGCAUUCUAAACAGCCAAAUCAUGGGUUUUCAGCUUAAGAGCUGAAAUUUCUUUACGAUAUUGUCACGAAAAGGAAAUGUCGGAUACUACCUGAUACCUUAUUGAGGGGCAUUUCCUAUUUGUAGCAUCGCUGUUCACCAGUGACAUCAGUUGAGUCAGCCACAAUGGAGGGAAACGGACAAAACUCUUGCGUCAGGUUCUUGAAGACGCUUAGUCGAAAGAAGCAGUUUAGCCCAGAUGAAGACACGUAUUCGACUCCUUUACGACGUUACCUGAGCACUAUCGACCUGACUUUCCUUGGCAUUGGUUCCAUGUUUGGUGCCGGGUUGUAUGUACUGACUGGAACCGUUGCCAAGGAAUAUGCCGGUCCUGCCGUGUUUAUUUCCUACUUCAUCGCCGGUCUGGCUUCCCUGUUCGCUUCGUUGUGCUAUGCAGAGUUCUCGUGUCGGAUUCCAAGGACUGGUUCUGCGUACCUGUUCACCUAUGUCACCAUCGGUGAGUUGUGGGCAUUCCUUAUUGGAUGGAACAUGAUCCUUGAGUACACUGCUUCUGCUGCAUCGGUUGGACGCUCCUUCAGUGGUUACAUCGAUGAGUUAUCGAAUGGAGCUUACUCAAACUUCACAAUAACCUACGUAAUGGGGAAUAAAACAUGGGACGUACCAUUUAUAGCCCCAUAUCCUGAUAUCCUGGGAGCGGCAUAUUGUCUAUUUGUCAUGAUCUUUGUUCUCCUUGGGGUGGGAACAUCAUCGACCUUGAACAAUAUCUUCUUAGUAGUUAAUGUUAUUGUCGUAGGAAUCAUUGUCGGGUUGGGUGCAAAGUAUGUGAAUAUAGAGAACUGGGAAGGGCCAGGUGGAUUCACUCCAUAUGGCUUUAAGGGAGUUAUAACAGGAGCAGCGACGUGUUUCUAUUCAUACGUUGGUUUCGACGUCAUUGCAAUAUCUAGUGAGGAGACUCUGAACCCUAGGAAAAGUAUACCAUUCGCAAUGGUUUCAUCUAUUGUUAUCAUAACAAUCUUAUACAUGAUUCCAUCAGCAAUACUGACAUUGAUUAUACCAUAUUGGGAACUUAAUGCAGCCUCAGCCUUUUCGCAGGCCUUCCAAUACAAUGGUGUCCUAUGGGCCGAGUGGGUGGUUGGGGUUGGAGCUAUAUGUUCUACCUUUACUUGUAUCUUAACGUCCCUCUUUUGUCUGCCUCGAUCCCUUUACGCGAUGGCAUCAGAUGGACUGAUAUUUGAAUUCCUGGCAACAGUUAAUGGCAGGACUCAGGUACCUGUCACCGCCGGGAUCAUAUUCGGAUUCUUCGUUGCCCUGCUAGAUAUAUUCUUCACAUUGGUAGACCUUGUCGCGUUUCUGUCGAUCGGUGUUCUCUGUGCCUAUGCCAUUGUAGCAGCUUCAAUAGUGGUGUUACGCUACAGACCUGGUGGCUACAACAUCAACGUCAGCAUACAGGAUUCCUUUUCAAGAGAUGAGUACGACGCAAAAGGUGACAAUCACAAUCUGAUGCCAUUGGAAUAUCCUCUGCGUUCGGCAUCAUCAGCAGAUCCCAUCGUGACCCACACGGAUAAUGCCUAUGAUCUCCAUCUUGCUGGGACUCUAAUAGAAAAAUACAGAGGAUGGCCCAUCAUAUGGCGGCUCUAUGGCUACACACCGGGAAAGGUCGUAUUAGUGGCCCUUCUCAUAGGAGUCCUAUUUGGGGUCGGAGCCAUCGCCAUUGUUCUCCAUGGAUACGAAUAUUUAGCUGCUUGUGACUGGUGGGCCAUCCUCUUUUUGAUUUCGAUGUCCAUUGUGAGUUUGAUCUGUUUUAGUUUAAUACCUCUGCAUUACCAGAACGACCCGGGUCAGCAGUUCAGUGUUCCUUUUGUGCCCUUAGUACCGAUUCUAAGCGUUCUUCUUAAUUGUGGAUUGAUGCUUAUGCUUACUCUUAUCACGUGGAUCCGGUUCUUUGUAUGGAUUGCCAUAGGCUUGUUAAUAUACGCCCUCUAUGGAUAUAAACACAGUAAAGUGGGACGUCAAGCGAGACAAGAGGCCGAGGAAGCACAGAGCGGCUCAUCAACUAGUCCAACGCCCUCUUACGGCUCUCUACAGAACGAUAGAAACGGAAUCUUGACGCCAAGCUGAUAGAUAUAGUGUCCGUAGAAAUGAAAUAGAAAAUAUAUUUUAUCAGUAGUUUGAAUAAACACAUUCGGGCGAACUUAAGUUCAUCCUGACGAUAAGUUGGCUUUAGCACAAGCAGAAAGAAAUUAGAGAAAUUAAUGGUGAAGAAUGAUGAUCAAUUAAAAAUUAAGAGUUAAGUAUUUUAAAGUUUUUUAUUUGUGACGUCAUACAUGUAAUAUGUGAGCGGCCCCAUAUCAAGUAGUAUGAAUUUUAUAAAUUCCAUGGAACAUGACGCGUAAAAUAAGACAUUGAAGUGGUAAAAAUUACGUAUAUCAUGACCCCUCCCGCAAAUAUAAAAUCACUCUAUUCAUUUUUUUUUCCCCCAGAGUUUUGGGGAAUUUGUAUCACACAAAACAAUUACGGACUCGGACUGCUCGUCUGUGACGUCACAGAAAGUUUAAACUCAGUUAUUAUUUGAUGGAUUUCCAUUAAAACUUCACCAAUAUUUUUCUAUAUUCCGUUUUUUGCCUUUGCUAAAAUUUAGUCAGGGUCAGCUUCCCCGAUCUGUUUGGAGAGCGUUUUACGAAACGACUUGUCUAUUUUGUCCAAAAGUCGUCAUGUUAGUAAGUCAAACAUCUGUCGUUCUGCGUUUGAAAAACCCAAGAUCAUGGAAACCCGCAAUUAUUAUUGUACCAUGAUAACAUGGGUCGAUAGCGAUUUCAAUCUUGGCACCCAUUGUAGUAACCAUAAUUGUAAUUCCUAUGGAGGGGCCCAAGACCUUGAACAGUAACUGUUUUUUUUUAUUCGGAGAUAAUUUCAUAUUUUAAAAGAUAUAUUUUGAUUGUAAGAUGGGGGCGUUAUAUUAUGCAAUAAAGUGUAUAGAUAUAUAUGGAAAUGGGAACCUGAAAUCCAUUUCGAAAUAAUCAAAGAAAUGAUUUAAAAAGAAUAAAAAUAUAUACAUCAUAAUCAUUCUUCUUGGUAUACAGCUAAUCACUUCCAUUCUUUCAAUUAUUCAAACCCUUUUCCCCUCCUCUUUCAUUCAUUUCUUAUGAAGACUUUAAAAAAAAAUUAUGCUAUAAAAUAAAUGUCUUAUCAGUCAAAAACUAAUUUUUUUGGUGAUGGGUCCUUUUCAAACUCCAUAUCUUUGAAAUACUUUUUCAGCUUUCCUGCGUUGUACCCAAAAUUUAUCACAUCGUUUAGAUCAAAUUUAAAGAUGUAUCUCAUGAAGAAAGCAUAUUCAACAUAGCCCCAUUUACAGUGUCCUUGAUAUAUAUAUAUUUUUUUGGUAAGAUUUCUAAUUCAUUUUUGUUUGUAUAUUUCUUAUGUUCUACAUUGUAAAGCGCUUUGAUAUGGAUUUCAUGAAAAACGCUAUAAUAAGAUUAAGUUAUUGUUAUUAUUAUUGUCACAUUGUUAUAUGUUAUAUUGAUCAGAUCUUUAAAUAUCGGGAUAAUGACGUACAUGGCCAGAUGGGUGGAUCAGAUAUGUGAAAACUUGUUCGUCUAGCAGUGUAUGAAAUGCAUCAUAAACCAUCCCCUUCUUUGAUCUCCCCCCUCUCUCUAUAUAUAUUCUGCUCAAUAAAAGGUCUGCAUGGGGCUUAAACUAUUUAUAAUCACAAUUUUGGUGUAUACUAGAAUCGACUCAAAGAAACAAAAUGUUGCUUUUGAUAAAUAAAAAAAAAGCUGAAACAAUUG